CGGGCGCUGCCGCCGCCACCCUCGGCCGGCUGCGGGACUCGCGCUGCGGGGCGCGGUGGGCGGAGCGGCCCGGGCUUGGCGGGUGCGGGCAGAGGCGGCCGAGAGCUUGCGGGGUCGACACGGGGGGGUGGAGGUUUGGGGGGCGGGGGGGGCCGGCGGCCGCCAUCUUCUCGCCGAGACCGCCUCGCCCGCCGCGCGGGUCCGUCCGGCAGCGCACGGGUUAAGGCUGGCACCGCGCCCGGCGGGAGGGGGGCGCCCACCUCCCCUCCCCCCCGCGCCGGGCAUGCGGGGCCCGCUGGGCACCGAGGAGGAGCUGCCGCGGCUGUUCGCGGAGGAGAUGGAGAACGAGGAGGAGAUGUCAGAAGAAGAAGACGGUGGCCUUGAAGGCUUUGAGGACUUCUUUCCUGCAGAGCCCGUGAGCCUUCCCAAGAAGAAGCCGAAGAAGCUGAAGGAGAGCAAGUCCAAAGGGAAGAGGAAGAAGAAAGAGGGGAGCAAUGAUGAGCUGUCAGAAAAUGAGGAGGAUCUGGAGGAGAAGUCAGAGAGCGAAGGUAGCGACUACAGCCCCACCAAGAAGAAGAAGAAGAAACUGAAGGAGAAAAAGGAGAAGAAGGCUAAGCGGAAAAAGAGGGAUGAGGAUGAAGAGGAUAAUGAGGACGGAGGCUUGAAGGAGCCCAAGUCCUCGGGACAGCUCAUGGCCGAAUGGGGGCUUGACGAUGUGGAUUACCUAUUUUCUGAGGAUGACUACCACACGCUGACCAACUACAAGGCCUUCAGCCAGUUCCUCCGGCCUCUUAUUGCUAAGAAGAACCCGAAGAUCCCCAUGUCCAAAAUGAUGACUGUCCUGGGGGCCAAGUGGCGAGAAUUCAGCGCCAACAACCCAUUCAAGGGCAGCUCGGCGGCGGCAGCUGCGGCGGCCGUGGCUGCGGCCGUGGAGACGGUGACCAUCGCUCCUCCACUGGCCAUCAGUCCCCAGCAAGUGCCCCAGCCUCUGCCCGUACGCAAGGCCAAGACCAAAGAGGGCAAGGGGCCCGGAGUGAGGAAGAAGAACAAAGGCGCCAAAGAUUCCAAGAAAAAGGGCAGGGGCAAGAGAGUGGCAGGGCUCAAGUUCCGCUUCGGAGGGAUCAGCAAGAGGAAGAAGGGUUCCUCGAGCGAGGAGGAUGAACCGGAGGACUCAGAUUUGGACAAUGCCAGCAUCCACAGCUCUUCUGUGCGUUCUGAGUGCUCUGCAGCUCUGGGCAAGAAGAAUAAGAGGAGGCGCAAGAAGAAGAGGAUUGAUGAUGGUGACGGCUAUGAGACAGACCACCAGGACUACUGCGAGGUGUGCCAGCAGGGAGGGGAGAUCAUUCUCUGUGAUACCUGCCCGAGGGCGUACCACCUGGUCUGCCUGGACCCGGAGCUGGAGAAGGCUCCAGAGGGCAAGUGGAGCUGCCCACACUGUGAGAAGGAGGGGAUCCAGUGGGAGCCGAAGGAUGAUGAUGAGGAAGAGGAGGAGGGCGGUUGCGAGGAGGAGGAGGAUGACCACAUGGAGUUCUGCCGCGUGUGCAAGGACGGUGGCGAGCUUCUGUGCUGUGAUGCUUGUCCCUCCUCCUACCACUUGCACUGCCUCAACCCGCCGCUGCCGGAGAUCCCGAACGGUGAAUGGCUCUGCCCGCGCUGUACAUGUCCCCCACUGAAGGGCAAGGUUCAGCGGAUCCUACACUGGAGGUGGACGGAACCCCCGGCUCCCUUUAUGGUGGGGCUGCCAGGACCAGAGGUGGAGCCCGGUAUGCCCCCGCCCAGGCCUCUGGAGGGCAUACCUGAGAGAGAGUUCUUUGUCAAGUGGGCUGGUCUCUCCUACUGGCACUGCUCCUGGGUGAAGGAGCUACAGUUGGAGCUGUACCACACCGUGAUGUAUCGCAACUACCAAAGAAAGAAUGACAUGGACGAACCACCACCCUUCGAUUACGGCUCUGGUGAUGAGGACGGUAAGAGCGAGAAACGGAAGAACAAGGACCCUCUCUACGCCAAGAUGGAGGAACGCUUCUACCGCUACGGCAUCAAGCCCGAGUGGAUGAUGGUCCACCGCAUCCUGAACCACAGCUUUGACAAGAAGGGGGAUGUACAUUACCUGAUCAAGUGGAAGGACCUGCCCUACGACCAGUGCACCUGGGAGAUUGACGAGAUUGACAUCCCCUACUAUGACAACCUGAAGCAGACCUACUGGGGCCACAGGGAACUGAUGCUGGGAGAGGACGCUAGGCUGCCCAAGAGGCUGGUCAAGAAGGGCAAGAAGCUGAAGGAUGAUAAACAAGAGAAGCCACCCGAUACACCCAUCGUGGACCCCACAGUCAAGUUCGACAAGCAGCCGUGGUACAUCGACUCCACAGGAGGCACGCUGCACCCUUACCAGCUGGAGGGCCUCAACUGGUUACGCUUCUCCUGGGCCCAGGGCACCGACACUAUCCUGGCUGAUGAGAUGGGUUUGGGGAAGACAGUACAGACCAUUGUGUUUCUCUAUUCUCUGUACAAGGAGGGCCACUCCAAGGGGCCUUACCUGGUCAGCGCGCCCCUGUCCACCAUCAUCAACUGGGAACGGGAGUUUGAGAUGUGGGCUCCUGACUUUUACGUGGUCACCUACACGGGGGACAAGGAGAGCCGCUCUGUGAUCCGUGAGAACGAGUUUUCUUUUGAGGACAACGCGAUUCGAGGCGGGAAGAAAGUAUUCCGCAUGAAGAAGGAGGUGCAGAUCAAAUUCCACGUGUUGCUUACCUCCUAUGAGCUCAUCACCAUUGACCAAGCCAUCCUGGGCUCCAUCGAGUGGGCCUGCCUCGUGGUGGAUGAGGCCCAUCGGCUCAAGAACAACCAGUCCAAGUUCUUUAGGGUCUUGAAUAGCUACAAGAUCGACUACAAGCUGCUGCUGACGGGGACCCCCCUCCAGAACAACCUGGAGGAGCUGUUCCACCUCCUCAACUUCCUGACUCCAGAGAGGUUCAACAAUCUGGAAGGCUUCUUGGAGGAGUUUGCCGACAUCUCCAAGGAAGAUCAGAUCAAGAAGCUGCAUGACCUGCUGGGGCCACACAUGCUUCGGCGGCUCAAGGCCGACGUGUUCAAGAACAUGCCGGCCAAGACGGAGCUGAUUGUCCGCGUGGAGCUGAGCCAGAUGCAGAAGAAGUACUACAAGUUCAUCCUGACGCGGAACUUCGAGGCGCUCAACUCCAAGGGGGGUGGCAACCAGGUGUCUCUGCUCAACAUCAUGAUGGAUCUGAAGAAGUGCUGCAACCACCCGUACCUCUUCCCCGUGGCUGCCGUGGAAGCCCCCAUGUUGCCCAACGGCUCCUAUGACGGCAGCUCCCUGGUCAAGUCUUCAGGGAAGCUGAUGCUACUUCAGAAGAUGCUGAAGAAGCUGCGGGAUGAGGGGCACCGAGUGCUCAUCUUCUCCCAGAUGACCAAGAUGUUGGACCUGUUGGAGGACUUCCUGGAGUAUGAGGGCUACAAGUAUGAGCGGAUCGACGGGGGUAUCACUGGGGGCCUCCGGCAAGAAGCCAUCGACAGAUUCAAUGCUCCUGGGGCCCAACAGUUCUGCUUCCUGCUCUCAACACGUGCCGGUGGCCUGGGCAUCAAUCUGGCCACGGCCGACACAGUCAUCAUUUACGACUCGGACUGGAACCCCCACAAUGACAUCCAGGCCUUCAGCCGUGCUCACCGCAUCGGGCAGAACAAGAAGGUCAUGAUCUACCGCUUCGUGACACGGGCCUCGGUGGAGGAACGCAUCACUCAGGUGGCCAAGCGCAAGAUGAUGCUCACGCACCUGGUGGUGCGACCCGGCCUGGGCUCCAAGUCGGGCUCCAUGACCAAGCAGGAGCUGGACGAUAUCCUUAAGUUCGGGACAGAGGAGCUCUUCAAGGAUGACGUGGAGGGUAUGAUGUCCCAGGGCCAGAGGCCGACCACGCCCAUCCCUGAUGUACAGUCCACCAAGGGCGGAUCUCUGGCUGCCGGUGCAAAGAAAAAGCACGGCGGCACCCCGCCAGGCGACAACAAAGAUGUAGAAGACAGCAGUGUGAUCCACUACGACGACGCAGCCAUAUCAAAGCUGCUGGACCGGAACCAGGACGCCACGGAUGACACUGAGCUGCAGAACAUGAACGAGUACCUGAGCUCCUUCAAAGUGGCCCAGUACGUGGUCCGUGAGGAAGAUGGCGUGGAGGAGGUGGAGAGGGAGGUGAUCAAGCAGGAGGAGAAUGUGGAUCCUGACUACUGGGAGAAGCUUUUGCGCCAUCACUACGAGCAGCAGCAGGAGGACUUGGCCCGCAACCUGGGCAAAGGCAAGCGCAUCCGUAAGCAGGUCAACUACAACGACGCCUCCCAGGAGGACCAGGGUGCGUGUGAGUGGCAGGAUGAGCUCUCGGACAACCAGUCGGAAUAUUCCAUCGGCUCUGAGGACGAGGACGAGGACUUCGAGGAGAGGCCAGAAGGGCAGAGCGGACGUCGACAAUCCAGGAGGCAGCUGAAGAGUGACAGGGACAAGCCCCUGCCGCCUCUUCUGGCCCGAGUUGGGGGCAACAUUGAGGUUCUGGGCUUCAAUGCCAGACAGAGGAAGGCAUUUUUGAAUGCCAUCAUGCGUUGGGGCAUGCCACCUCAGGAUGCCUUCAACUCCCACUGGCUGGUGCGCGACCUUCGUGGGAAGAGUGAGAAGGAAUUUAGAGCCUAUGUAUCACUCUUCAUGCGCCACCUGUGUGAGCCCGGCGCAGACGGCGCGGAGACCUUUGCAGACGGCGUGCCCCGGGAGGGCCUGUCCAGGCAGCACGUACUCACGCGCAUUGGGGUCAUGUCGCUGGUUAGGAAGAAGGUGCAGGAGUUUGAACAUGUCAACGGCAAGUACAGCACCCCAGACCUGGUCCCCGAGGGGCCCGAGGGCAAGAAGCCAGGCGAGGUCAUCUCCUCGGACCCCAACACACCCGUGCCUGCCAGCCCUGCACAGCUCCCACCGGCUCCGCUGGGCCUGCCAGCAGACAAAAUGGAAGCCCAGCUGGGCUACACGGACGAGAAGGAGUCAGGCACACAGAAGCCAAAGAAGUCCCUGGAAAUCCAGGCCCUGCCAACUGCCCUGGACAGAGUAGAGGCUGAAGACAAACAUCAGAGCUCAGACAGCAAGGACAGAGCUCGGGAGGAGAGGAUGGAGGAGGUGGAGAAGGCUCAGGGCUCUCCGGAGCAGCCACUGAAAGAGGAAACACUACCGGACAAGGAACCUGUCCCAGACAAGCUGGAGCUAAGCCUGAGUCACAGCAACGAUUUCAGGCCAGAUGACCCCAAGGCCGAGGAGAAGGAGCCCACAGAGACCCAGCAAAACGGCGACAGAGAGGAAGACGAGGAGGGCAAGAAAGAAGACAAGAACGGGAAAUUCAAGUUCAUGUUCAACAUUGCAGAUGGUGGUUUCACAGAGCUGCACACGCUGUGGCAGAAUGAGGAACGGGCAGCUGUGUCCUCGGGGAAAAUCUACGAAAUCUGGCACCGUCGCCAUGACUACUGGCUGCUGGCAGGCAUUGUGACGCAUGGCUAUGCCCGCUGGCAGGACAUUCAGAAUGACCCGAGGUACAUGAUCCUAAAUGAGCCUUUCAAGUCUGAGGUUCAUAAGGGUAACUACCUGGAGAUGAAGAAUAAGUUCUUGGCCCGUCGGUUCAAGCUGCUGGAGCAGGCGCUGGUGAUCGAGGAGCAGCUCCGGAGGGCAGCGUACCUCAACAUGACCCAGGAUCCCAACCACCCAGCCAUGGCGCUCAAUGCUCGCCUGGCAGAGGUGGAGUGCCUUGCCGAGAGCCACCAGCACCUAUCCAAGGAGUCCCUUGCCGGGAACAAGCCCGCCAACGCUGUCCUGCACAAGGUCCUGAACCAGCUGGAAGAGCUGCUGAGUGAUAUGAAAGCAGAUGUGACACGCUUGCCCUCCAUGUUAUCACGCAUCCCCCCGGUGGCCGCCCGUCUGCAGAUGUCGGAACGCAGCAUCCUGAGUCGCCUGACCAACCGCGCCGGUGACCCUACCAUCCAGCAGGGCGCUUUCGGCUCCUCUCAGAUGUACAACAACAGCUUUGGGCCCAACUUCCGGGGCCCCGGACCGGGAGGGAUUGUCAACUACAACCAGAUGCCCCUGGGGCCCUAUGUGACUGCCAAGCCACCUGCCCCACGGGAGAGAAAAGCUACAGCCUUUUUAGGAGUUGGUGCCGUGUCGGGGUACAAAAGGGAAAACAAGCAAUUCUAUCACACGGAGGACAGGCCCAGGCUGGCUGUGCAAGAGUCCAGAAGUGCCACCUCAUCGUAGCUGAAGUGUUCUUCCACACAGCAUCCCAUCGGACAGCCACGCCCGGCAAGGUCCCAGCACCAUUUCCAGAGUGACUUACUUAGAGGAGAUUCCAUUUACCUGUAUUUUUUUUUUUUUUUUUGCACUUUCCUACUGAAGAUGAGAACAUGUUUGUCUUGAUAAAAAGUUGGAUGACGUGUGGAAGAUUCAGAUUCACGACGCUCCUGUCUGUCACCGGCUCCAGACCUCAAGGGGAAGCUCAGCUCUUUGGAGGCCCUUGGUGCUGCUGCUCUAUGGACUCACUGCGGGGCUGGGGAGAAAUGCAGCAUCCAGUGUUCUGGAAACCCUUAGUAUGUCCCCCCCCCAGCCCCUUGACUGCACCCGUGUGACUACCCUUCCGCUCCAGCCCCCUGCCUGCCUGCUUGGGACCCUAGUGCUAGCGGGGGAGGGGAUCAGGUCUGGAGAGUGGCUGCUGACGUCGAGCUUGGGAGACCACCAGGUACAUUGCAUUUCCUGGCAGGAGCAUGUUAUCUCAAGGGCUUUGGAAUCUCUCUCUCCCAGGGGACGGGUGGUGGCGGCAGCGAUGAUGUGUGUCAGGUUGAAGCGAGGGUAUCUGUGCGGGUAGAGCAGACCGAGACCUCCUGCAGGGGUUUCUGGACAUUUUCUGUCUGCAGGGGGGUGGUUGUAGACAGGUGCUAGCUGGUGUCUCAGAGAAGGGUGGGUGUUUGUUGUGUGGCCCUGGGAGAUAUGUCCCACUCCCCGCGGCAUGGACUUCCAUGCCGUGUGCUGAGCAUCCUGGGCCACAGAUGCCAACAGCGCCCCCCGGAGGCUGAAUUUAUCUCUUUCGUGUCGGUCCUAGAGAGGUCUUGGCGAGGGCGACUUCUGCAUGAAGUAGGGGCCACAGGGGCCUUUGCUGGUUCUCAGAGGGUAUGGAGACAGCUGUGCUUGGAGGUGGGGCUGGACCGAUGGCUUCUUUACAUCUUCCUAGCUGGAGCCUUCAAGACUUCCGGUCUCAUUUCCUGCGGGGAAGGCUUAGAGUACCAGGACCAUCUUCCCGUGUGUGUCACUGUUGGCACGCCAGCUUGUCUUGCUCCACCCCAGCCUGUGGCACCAUGCAAUGCUUCAUGCUGGGGUGUAGGUGGGGUAGAGCCUCCCGGGCUCCAGGCUUGUGUGUGACCUCCUCACGGGCCCUGGCUCAACCUGGAGAUAUCCUGGGGUUCAGUAUAUCCUGACGAUGAGGAAAGGGCUUGUGGAGAGAAGCCAGCUGGGUCUGAGGGAGCUUGGAAGGGGUCGGAUUCUCUCUGGAAAGGAGUCGUGUGUAUGCAGCAUCUCUGGGCCUACGAAGAAUGGAGGCAGGUCUCCAUGGCUUGUUUUGAGGACACUUGGGCAGGCGGCUGGCCUUGCUUAGCUCAGAUGUGCACAUUUGUUCCUCCUCUGCUCCUGGAGGGCUGGACCCCCACGGCUUCUUCUACUGUGGCACUCGAGUGUCUACUAUCCAAAUCUUAAGGCCAGCAACUGGCCACACACUGUGGGUAGGCAGAGGGGGAGGAGGGGACUCUGGUCGCAGACAGGACCUCUGUAGGCCUGAAUGCGUUAUGGUGGCUGACCCCGCUUACUAAGAAGGGCUUGUCCUCUGUGUGGCAGUGUCUUCUCUAGCUCACUCCUCCACCCAGGGUCUCUGUGCUAAUCCCACUGGGCAAGAUGGUCAGCCCUGUUGGCCUCGUUCACAACUCUGCGUCCUCCUUCAGCAGUGACAUCCUGAGACUUGGGCCUUCAGGUUCACGCAGGACAGAAUAGGGUCUGUGUCUCUGACUAGACUUCAGGGGUUCCUCCCUUCCCUGAGUCUUGCUUUGUCUGUCCAUCUCUGCUUUUUCCUAGGAUAUACACACCCUCUGUGGCCUUCUCUCCGCAGCCUCCUUGACCUGAGCCCGCUGCUGGCCUGGGAGGGUCUGUGUUCCCUGUGGCCAGCUGUCAAGGGUAGACUGCCCAGGCAGCUGAGGAGAGGACAAAGCCCUUCAGAGUGUUCUCAUCUUGGCCCUUGAGCUGUCUCCUGCUAGAGAAUAGUGGGGGUGGAGGUGGCAUCUUGAGGUGGUUCUAGUUUUGCUGCUGGUAGAAUUGGGUCCUCGUGCCCGAGCUGUCAGAGCCACAGCGGACAUUUCCGGCUACUUUGGCUUACUAUCAGGUUUCUGUGGACCGUAUGGGGUGGCUCUCAGGUGACAUAGGGAGUUUGGGGUCAGAGUUACAACAUCUGAGGGUACCCUUCACGAACUCCUGCUGUGAACUACUUAACUCCACUCCCUUCCCCCAGGGCCACCUGUCAGUCAGGGCUCCCUCCCCCACCCUCUGGGAGCUCCCUAACCCAUGUGGGUUGCUGGCUCAGUGACACGGGCAACCCAUCUAAAUCUUGAGUCCUGCAGGGGGAACGCUGAGGGUGGGCUAGGGGGACAGCGAUCUUUGCCGUCCAACAGAGCAGGUGAGAGUUGAUGCUUGGAGCUUUUAGUGCGCGCCAAGGAAGGGGGUUGGAGACCUAGGCUGAUCUCCUCCCUCAGCUUCACUGUCUUGGCCUACCCACAAGGGUGGACAGUCGCCCCCCACGGCGCUCCUACACAGAACACAGCAAGGAAGAGGAGGCCCACCCGCCCGAUUUAUAUACCCGGAAGUUUACAGGUUGUGGUGUGUCAGCCCAAAGUCUUUGGUGUCCUUGUGUUUAUGGAAAUUUUCCCUCUUAAUUUUCAGAUUUUUUUUUUAAAAGAAAAAAAAACGAAAGUAUUUUUUUAGGUACGACUACCCGGAAAGGGCCUGUUGGGUGUGUGUGUAUGUCCUGAACUCUCCACAUAGCCACAUAGGGACCAGAGCUCUUCCACCUGACCUGGAGAGGAGGGAGGGCCCCCUCUGCGGCCUGCCAGGGUCAAGCUAGACUGCAGGCAGUUCCCUUCCUUCCCCGGGCCACGCUGGCAUCUGUCCCACCCUUGCCCAAUCCAGCACACCCUGGUGAAGUCAGAGUAGGUGCUUGGCGCCAGCUGGGAGCAUCCCAGCAGGGGUCCCAAGGGCACACAUGGGAGCCCCUCUGAAGGCCGUCCUGAGGGAGGCGGGACGGACUAGCCAGUGUUAUCUCCACUCGUAUUCUCUGUGUAUGUUUUGGUUUCUGUGUUUUAAUAAACCCUUUGGGAAGGGACGGA